AUGGCUUCCGAUGAUCAUCAUUCAGCUUAUGGAAUCGAAACUGAUUCUAUGACAUUGCAAAGAUAUGUGAUUCAAUCUCAAAAGAAACAUCCAUCAGCGACUGGAGAUUUGACCAAUCUUUUGACUUCAUUGCUCACCGCAUUUAAGGUAAGAUUUUUGAAAAAUUGAAAGCUAAAGUCUCCUACACUUCAGGCUAUCUCAAGUGCUGUUCGAAAAGCUGGUCUUGCUCAACUCUUCGGAAUCGCUGGAAACACAAAUGUUCAAGGAGAAGAAGUCAAAAAAUUAGAUGUUUUGAGUAACGAACUUAUGAUCAAUAUGCUCAAAUCUUCGUUUACAACAUGUGCCUUGAUUUCAGAGGAAAAUGAGCAGGUAUUAUCAUUAAAGUUAUACUAACUUUAUUCAUUUUCUUUCAGUACAUUGAAAUCGAAGAUGCAAAGAAAGGAAAAUACAUCGUCACUUUUGAUCCACUUGAUGGAUCUUCAAAUAUUGAUUGCCUUGUUUCAAUUGGAACUAUUUUUGGAAUCUAUAGAAAAGUGAACGAGGGACCAGUCACUGGUGCUGAUUUGCUUCAAUCUGGAAGAAAAUUGGUGGCCGCUGGAUAUUGUCUCUACGGAUCAGCAACUAUGGUUGUUCUUUCAACCGGGCACGGUGUUAAUGGUUUUAUGUUGGAUCCAGUGAGUUUUUUUCAGAAAAUUAGUUAGAAGAAAACUUUUUCACAAUAUGAAUUCUGAUAUGAAAAUAAUUAUAGAAAAAAAUUUUAUUGUUUUCCAGAGUCUUGGAGAGUUCAUCCUAACCCAUAAGCACAUGAAAGUCCCAGAAAAAGGCAAAGUCUACAGUAUCAACGAAGGCUAUGCUAAACACUGGUCAAAAGGUCUUACCGAAUAUGUGCGAACUCGAAAAUUCCCAGAAGAAGGGCAAAAAGGAAUGAAUCAAAGAUAUGUUGGAUCAAUGGUUGCUGAUAUUCACCGAACUAUUUUGAAUGGUGGUAUUUUCUUGUAUCCUGCCACCAAAGAUGCGCCAGAUGGUAAACUUCGACUUUUGUAUGAAGGAGCGCCGAUGGCGUUUUUGGUUGAACAAGCUGGUGGACUUGCUGUAACUCAUUUGGUUUGUUUUAAUAAGGUGAUUUUGGAAAAAAUUCUAUUUUGUUUCAGGGAAAACCAAUUCUUGAUAUUGUGCCCACUGAAAUUCAUGUCAGAAGCACUGUCUUUAUGGGAAGCAAAACUGAUGUUGAAGAAUUGAUUGAAUUUUUCAAAAAGUAUGAUAAUAUUCAAUAA